AUGAGAAUAUCAGUCCUUUCCACUAUCGUGACACUCCUCCUGGCCAGCUCCGGCUCAGCCCUGCCCGUCCAAGAUGCCACCCGUGCCUCCGCCGCUGUCAACCCAGAGCUGCCACGCCUGGUGAUCUACUUCCAGACGACCCACGACAGCGCCACGGGGGAACCAAUCUCCAUGCUCCCCCUGAUCACAGAGCUAGACAUCGCCCUCACCCACCUCAUCGUCUGCUCCUUCCACAUCAACGCCGGCAGCGAGAUCCACCUCAACGACUACUCGCCAGACUACCCCCUGUUCGCAACGCUAUGGAACGAGACCCUCGUGAUGAAGGCCGCCGGCGUCAAGGUGAUGGGCAUGAUAGGCGGCGCCGCGCCCGGCUCGUUCGACCCCGACACCCUGGACAGCGCCGACGCGGCCACCUUUGAGCACUACUACGGGCAGCUGCGCGACGUGAUCGUGCAGUACGGCCUGCAGGGCAUGGACCUGGACGUGGAGCAGUACAUGUCGCAGGCGGGGAUCACGAGGCUCGUUUCCCGGCUGCACGCCGACUUUGGCGACGGUUUUAUCAUCACCCUGGCGCCGGUGGCCUCGGCGCUGUCGAACCAGGGGAAUCUGUCCGGCUUUGACUAUGAGACCUUGGAGUCUCAGGCCAAGACUGCGGAUGGGCAGGACAUGAUUGAUUUCUAUAAUGCUCAGUUCUACAGCGGCUUCGGCACAAUGUCAAGCCCCCUCUCCUACGAGAGGGUGAUCCGGAACGGCUGGGACCCAAGGGACAUCGUCGCGGGGCAGCUGACCAACCCGUCCAACGGCGGCGGCUUCACCGACACCGCGAGCCUGAACACGACGGUCGCCGCGCUGACGGCCGAGUACGGCACGAUCGGCGGCAUCAUGGGCUGGGAGUACUUCAACAGCGUGCCCGGCGGCACCGCCGAGCCGUGGAGGUGGGCGCAGGACAUGACCGAGAUACUGAGGCCCGGGUAUUCGGUGCAGCUCACGGUGACGAGUGAUACCGCGGAGGCCCUGGAUGCGGCUUGGAGGGAGAGCGUCAACGGCGGUGGCAGCGGGACAUCGAGCUUUGCGGAGGUGACGCCGAGCGUGGACUACUUUGCGAUGGUCAAUGCAUGA